AUGGUGCCACACACCCCGUUCCCUCCGCUGCCCGGCCCGCACGCACCUCGCAGCCCGCGCAGCUCCGCCACGGGCACCAGCCGGACGUUCUCGCUGUGCAGCACGUCCCGGAGCCCCCUCAGCGAGCCUCUGCUGCAGCCCUACCCGCCCCGGCAGCACGGCCCCCGGCACAGCCACCGGCACGUCAGGGACUGCCAGCCCGUCAAAUACGGCAACAUCACGCACGAAGCGUGGCCCGGCGACAACAGCACGGCCGGCCCGGUGGCUGUCACCAGAACGUUUGUCUCGUACAUCCACCCAGAGGGCAGCGGCCGCAAGGUGAUCUAUGGGCACUUCACUUUCGUGAGGAACCCCCUGAGCACCUUCUCUGUGCUGGAGCCGGGCGGUGCCGGCGGCUGCCUGGCUCAACGCAGAGCCACCGUGGAGGAGACUGCAAAACUCAGGAAGUGUCUGGUGGCCCAGAACGGCGGGUACUUUAACAUGGAAACUGGAGAGUGCCUUGGGAAUGUUGUGAGCGAUGGAAAGCUGGUGAGAGACUCUGGAGGCCUACAAAACGCACAGUUUGGCAUCCGGAAAGAUGGCACCAUGGUGUUUGGUUACCUGUCUGAGGAGGAUGUCCUGGAUCAAUCAAACCCUUUUGUGCAGCUUGUCAGUGGGGUGGUUUGGCUGCUGAGGAAUGGAGAGGUGUACAUCAACCAGAGCCGGGUGGCCGAGUGUGGUGACACUCAAACCACAGGAACCUUCGACACGUUCAUCAAUGUCAUCUCAGCCAGGACUGCGGUGGGACAUGACCGUCAGGGCCGCCUGGUCUUGGUUCAUGUGGAUGGACAGACAGAAUCCAGAGGGGUCAACCUGUGGGAAAUGGCAGAGUUCCUGAAGCAGCAGGGAGUCGUCAACGCUAUCAACCUGGAUGGUGGAGGCUCUGCCACACUGGUCCUGAAUGGGACCCUGGCCAACUACCCCUCUGAGCACUGCUCCUUCAACAGCAUGUGGCGGUGUCCCCGGAGCAUCUCCACGGUGGUGUGUGUGCACGAGCCGGGCUGUGACCCUCCCGACUGCAGCGGCCACGGGCUCUGCGUGGCCGGCCAGUGCCACUGCCACGGCCCCUUCUGGGCAGGUCCUGCCUGCGACACCCUGGACUGCGGCCCUGCCAACUGCAGCCUGCACGGCGUCUGCAGCGCCGCUGGAUGCCUGUGUGACGCCGGCUGGACUGGCAGCAACUGCACUGAAGAGUGUCCCCUGGGCUGGUUUGGGCCGAGCUGCCAGAGCCGCUGUGCGUGUGACCACUCGUGUCCCUGUGACCCCGAGACGGGCAGCUGCAACAUCAGCCACCACGGGGCACUGCAGGAGCACUUACACAGAGCUGGACAGUGUUUGGCUUCCCAGAAAAAAGAAAAGAGCAAAGAAAAAUUCUCUCUGUCAGAAAGCUGGUGGCUGUCCCUGAGCUCUGCCUUGGCCCUGCUGCUUGUGCUGAGUGUCCUGGGGAACGUGGGGCUGGUGCUGCGGGGGCGGCAGCACCAGGACCGGGACUAUCGCUACCUCCCCCUGAGGGACAUCAACGGGGACACCCCUCACAACCCCACCUCUGCUGCCUGGGACCAGGAGGAUAUUCAGGAGCCUGAGGACACUCAGGAGCCAAACCAGGAGUUCCUUUAGAGUCAUGGAUGGGAUGAGGUAUUUCACCCUGCAUUGCCCCUCAGCACCGACUGGGACUGGGGCUGUUCCCACUACAAACCUCAGACUGCUGUCUGAGGAACCUCAGCCCAAGAACUGCCCUGUUGGGGCUGUGGUUUCCUUUCCUCUGCUGCCCCAGCACCCAGAACUGCAGCAUUAGGGGAUGCAGGACAUCCCUUGGGUCAGGGAAUUCCACAGCUGCAGGUUCCAGAGGGGCUGGUUCCUCCCAAAACUUGAGCAAAACAGGUGAGGGAUGCAAGUUACAGGUACUUCAGAAAGAUCCCUGCUCACCCAAGCAGUGCUUUUUAAGAUGCAAGUUAAACUGCCUCUAGUACAAAGCUGGGCUUAAGGCUAUUACAGUCAAUGUGUGCCCUUCCUUGCUGAACUCAGAUUUUAAUCAGAAAAUCUGAAAUGUUGAAACAGUUGCAGCAGCCCGUGCCAGCAGAGCCCUCCUCUCUCAGCUACGCAGGGUUGUGACAGCCCUGUGCAGGGCUGGAGUGUUGUCUGACCAAUCCUCAAGCCAGAGCAGCCCCAGAGGGUGAUGAGUGCUGUGUUUUGGGGCAGUUCCUGCAGCACAGCACUACAAAAAGCUCUGACAGGUCCCAGGUUCCAUUUGUGCAUCUCUCCAGCUCCCAGGGGCCAAAGGCUCUGCCCGGCUCCGUGGGCACUGACAGAGCCUGGAGCUGUCCCUGUGAGGAGGGGCACUGACAGGGACAGCCUGGCAGGGCUGGCAUGACACACACUGGGCUGCCCUAUCCCAGCUGGGCACUCCUCAGAGGGACCAGCAAGAUCUCCAGCACAGUCAGGCUCCUCAGCACCUUCUCUGGGAAUCUGGGACACAUCCUUGCACAGUUCCAUGAAAACAGUGAGUUUGCUUCCCUGUGAGGGAAGACCCAGCCUUGGACGAGCCCCUUGGAUGCUGCAGAGGGGUGAGAGCCUGUCUGAGCCCCACACAUUUUUAUGCAUUCACUCCCUUUUUACCUCUCCAAGUAAAGGUUGUGUAAUUUCUGUGCCAGUGUUGGCAUGAAAUCAGCCUGUAACCAAGAGACUCUAUUUUUCUAUGAUUUACAGGACAUUAUUUGAAACUUGAAUAAAGUCUAUUAGUGCUAUGUGCCUGAAA